AUGCUUUGCUGGGAGCUGCUUCGUUUUAUUGGAGGCUCGAUGCGGAUGACUGUAUCUUUAUGUGUUAUUAUGGUUGAAAUCACAAAUAACCUGAAACUUUUGCUUCUUAUAAUGUUGGUUCUUCUCAUUUCGAAGGCCGUUGGCGAUGCUUUCAAUGAGGGAUUGUAUGAAGUAAUCUCCUUACCUCGAGUUAUCAGGGUCGCAGAUGUUGCUUCAAUUUUGCGCAGCAAUAAACACAAUGGAUUUCCGGUAAGCAUUGCUCCUCCCACACAGGUAAUUGACCACACGAGAAGUGGUGAAACACUUAUCAUCGGGUUGGUUCUUCGAAGGUUGAUUCAGGACAUGCUCUUUUUGAAGUUUGAAGCCAAUUUCAGUGGAAGAUGUAUUAUAAAGCUUCAGUUAUCCCCAAUGUUUGAAUUUUCCGUAUGGCAAAGGCCUCUUAAUACACGGACUUCCAAAUGA